AGCCCCAGCACUACUCAUCUUCUUCUUUUUUUUCUCUCAAACAACCAAAGCUCAAUGGGUAUCUUCGAUAGCACUUCCAAUUCUACCAAGAAGCAGAAUGAGGAAAAAGAAUGGUUAGGUGCAAGUUUCAAGCCAGAGAAUUUUAUUCCAGGGAUAGUAAUUGGUUUCAUUAUUGGGUUGUUGUUGGAUUUGUCAAAACCCUCCAAAAGUAAUACUUUGAAGAAGACAAGUAAUUUGUUGAACAGAAAUCAACCUGAAAAGAUUUUAUCCCCAGCUAAGGCUGAUGAAGAGCUCAAAAUGGUAUUAGUUGUCAGACAAGACCUGAAAAUGGCACAAGGAAAAGUUGCAUCUCAGUGUGCUCAUGCUGCUACUGGCAUGUAUGCAGACCUUAUGCAAAGUGAUCGGUAUCUUUUGAGGCAAUGGGAGCAAUGUGGACAGCCCAAAAUAGUUGUUACCUGCAAGAAUCAGCAAGAAAUGAAUAAGUUGAAGGAAGCAGCUGAGGACAUUGGGCUUCCAACUUUUGUAGUUGCUGAUGCAGGACGUACACAGGUCGCAUCAGGCUCAAGGACAGUUCUUGCAGUUGGACCAGGAAGCAAGUCAGCGGUAGAUUCAGUGACUGGGAAGCUGCGCCUCCUUUGAUGAUACUGAUAGCUUCUAUUGGAACCCGUUUCAGAUUUGAGCGACUGUUUGAUCCAUGUUUCCCAGAGAAGAGGUGCCUAGUUCUUGACCUGAGGAAUUGAUAGAUGUGCUAAUAUCAAGAUAGAUGAUCCAUGUUUCUAUGGAAUGCAGUGCAUAAACUUGUUCUUGCCUUUCAAUUUUCAAUUUGUAUGUAUAUGUCACUGCUUCAUAUUCUUGUUGUCUGCAUUGGUUGUG